AUGAAGCUCACCACCAUCCUGGCUGCAGUCGCUGGCCUCUUCGCCGCUUCCGCUGUCGCACACGAGCAAUGGGUCUACAACGACCACCGCAGGCCUCGUGCGCAAGGCGCAGUUCCGAAGUUAGCAGACGACUACGUCCAAACAGCAGAGGACAAGUCUCUUUGCGCCCGCUGGGACGGACCCCGCUGCCUCGACGACGAGGAAGGCCCCAACAUCUUCGACGAGGAAGAGCGUAAACGCCAGGAACUUCAAAGUCCCGAGGAGAAGCGAGAGGAGGCCCUCCGGGAGUUGGAGAAGAUACAGAAGGUCUGGGAGGGAUACCACGCGGAGAUGCGGAAUCUCAAGAUGAUGGAGAAAAUCUACGACGGGUUCAAUGCGCAGUUGGAUCACCUUGAGAAGGUGGCAAAGCUUAAAUUCGGCAAGAACGCAAAGACUUCUGAGUCUGAGGAUGGCGAUGAGGGGGCCGAGGAGAUGUUGUAG